CCUCAUGGUUCUCAGAUAAAUGUGUUGGUGUUUGACAGAAGUGGGCUGAAUCGGGAUCUUCCUGCCAUUAACAGUCUGAUAACUGAGCAUCACGAGAAACCUUACACAAUUAACAGGCAGCGGCACAAUCAAGACUGAUGUUGAUUUUUAUCACCAGUAGCCUAGUAAUGUGGAGUGAGAGCAGAGGACUGCCAAUGUGUGUAGCUUCCUUGCAAAACAGUUAGACCUUUUUUAGAAUCAAUCUAUUUCUUUAUUUUCUUCUCUUCCUCUUCUGUCCUUAACUUAAAGUGGACAUACUUGGAAGAUAAUGUUCUCAAAUGUGUAUUUCUAUUUAGAUGUCUUGUAAGUGAAAAUACUAGCAUCAGUGAACUUUAAAUGCUAAUAUCCUAAUCACGCCAUAAUUCAUUUGUGCUGGCAGUGUCAUUCAAAUUAAAAACCUAACGAUUAGUACAUUUCAUUUUCUAUUUCAGCCAAAUGCCAAGAAAUGGACAGACAGAUUAUGAAUGUGCUGCAGUGCAUUUACCACAGUGCCUUUACAAAAAGAACAAGGUAAAGAUACAGUGCAUACUGAUAUCUGUGUUCUUUUGCAAAUGCUGGACAACGUCUCUGGUACUUCUACUUUUACUGAAGUACAAGAUCUGAGUACUUCUCCCACAUCUGUCUCAGUGCGACACCUGUGUUGUUUAAAAAAAAAAAGAGGGUUAGAGCGCCCUCUACUGUCGACACGUGUCAUUGACGGACAGGAAACUGAAAAAGUUAGAAUAGGUUUUCAUUUCCCCCCCUUUUUUGUAAAAGCAAGCACAUGCAGACAAGUUUAAACAUAUGACAUCGUGUAACAACAGUAACAACAUGAUACUGGCAAACAAACGUAAAAUUAAGGAAGGAAACGGUAAAGAUGCAAAAGGUUUUUUAUUUCCUUGUUCUCCCGAGUAUUCCUCAUUUCCUCCAGCAGGGGAGCGGGCAGAGGACAUCUGGGAGGAAAGAAAAGAAAAUCUGAGUCAGCAGCAGAGGCGGCUUCAGUCUGCUUCUCAACUCUACUUCCGCGGACCGAUUUAAGCUCAUAUCUCCAUAAAAUACCACUUUAAUGCUUAUCAAUGAGCCUGCAGGAGUCUACAUUACUCUAAGAAGCAUCUGUGGAGGGAAAGACAAAACCGAGGCUCAGAAGAGAGGAGAGCCUGUCUGAGGAGCUUGAUGAAGCAGAGGAUUAAAGCAGAUCUCGACACUCACCACAUGUCCCUCUGAUAAAUAAUUACCUCGAAGCUUCAUGUCCGUCCGAAUUUCAGCCAUGAGUGUUCUUCCUCCUGUUCGAAAGGACCGUGUCAUUGCUCAGCUCCCUCAGUGUUUCAGGAAAGAGGCUGCUUUCCACACAAAGGAGGAUUUCAACAACAAAGUGAAGACGGCGUGUCAGGAGCAACGCACCGGCACUGUGGGCAGAUUUAAAAUCUCCAAGGUGAUUGUUGUGGGUGACCUGGCUGUGGGGAAAACCUGUCUGAUUAAUAGAUUUUGCAAGGAUGCUUUUGAUAAAAACUACAAGGCAACGAUCGGUGUGGACUUUGAGAUGGAGCGCUUUGAGGUGCUGGGUGUUCCUUUCAGCCUUCAGCUCUGGGACACUGCAGGCCAAGAGAGGUUCAAGUGUAUUGCUUCUACGUACUACAGAGGAGCCCAGAUUGUGAUUAUUGCGUUUGAUGUAACUGACAUCGCCUCUUUGGACCAUGUGAGGCAGUGGCUGGAAGACGCCCUGAAAGAGAACGACCCCACCGCCGUCCAGCUGUUCAUCGUGGGCACAAAGAAAGACCUGAGCUCUCCUGCUCAGUAUUCUCAGAUUGAACAAGACGCCCUCAAAUUAGCACAAGAGAUCACAGCAGAGUAUUGGGCUGUGUCCUCGCUGACAGGGGAAAACGUCAAAGAGUUUUUCUUUCGAGUUGCAUCGUUGGCAUUCGAGACCAAUGUUCUGGCCGAGUUGGAAAAGAGUGGGCCGAGGCAAAUUGGGGGCAUAGUCAGGAUAAACAGCACGCCAAGCAAUGUGAAUGCUUCAACAAAGAAGAAACAGCCAAACUGCUGUCAGUAAGGAUGUUUGAAGGGGGGUAAAGACUGAAAAUAAGAAAAAAGGCUGGAGGGAUUUCUGUGGUGAAAGCAGGAGGAGGACGCUGGAAUUUCUACUUCCUGACAUCAGUGGGUUCAGUUUUUCCUGGCCUAGAAAUAGUUUUCCUCUGUGGGAUGUAGAUUCUUGUGGUGUUGCUCGUGAACGUUAAAGUUACACAGCAAUUACACAAAACUGACUGGUACUGCAGAAAUGCCAAAGAGAGACUGGAUGUUUUUUUUUAAACAUGGGAGAGUGUGGAUGCUUAGAAAUUAUUUUGAGCUGCUGUAGUUUGUUUAAUAGUUUCAUAGAUUUUUCUUCACAAUAAUACUCUGAUUUACCUUAACGUAUGUUAAAUGGCCUUUUUUAAUGUGGUACUUCAAGUGUUUUCAUAAUGUCAUAGAUUUUCCCAACCUUACUGUAGGACGUAAGAAUAGAUCACAGGAAAAUAACAUGAUAUUUUUUAAUCUACAGUAUUUGCUUCAUAGGUACUUCUGCUUGUUUAAAAUCAAAUCAAUGAUUGCAUUUGAAUGAUAUUAUCAACAACUGAAACAGUGGGUACAAAUAUUGUAUUCAUGGUAUGUUUAACAUGUAAUAAAUAUAUAUGUUUGAAAAAUAA